AAAAGGCGGCGACGCGGCGCCGCUUUUACAUCAGCUGAGAGCUCGGCAGUGGCGGCGGCAGCGGUUCGUGUUGUUGACAGGCUGGCUAUGGCUGCGGAUCAUCACCAGACGGGGCUGUGGGUGUUCGGCUACGGGUCUCUUUGCUGGAACCCGGGCUUCGAUUACGAAUGCUGCCUCGUCGGACGCGUGCGUGGCUGGUCGCGGAAGUUCUGGCAGGGCAACACCACGCAUCGUGGAACUGAAGGAAAGCCCGGCCGCGUUGCGACGAUGGUUCAGGAGAAAGAGGAUAGCGCCGGACUCGGACGAGGACCUGUUCGAGCUGGAGCGGCUGGUGGUGGCGGCGGUGCGGGAGAGCCGGCAGAGCGUGGAGGCGCUGAUGGGCGCGCCGCCCAAACCGCUGCACUGCUUCGACGACUGCAGCGACAGCGACGCCGACGGAGACGGCGACGGCGACGGCGACGGCCAAGUUGCUGGCGCGGGGGCGGGCCGCCACUUCACCGCCACCGUCCCCCCCAAGAAGCUGCGCUGCCUCAACAUGUAGGCGGCCGCCGCUGCCGCCGCGAUUACAAGACUGAUUUUCUGUCGCGUCUCGUCGCUUCUCCGUUCGUCCGCUCGUCCGUUCCUCGUCUGCUGUCGUUUACGUCGCGUCGCUUAUCUAGUCUGUGCUGCACAAGCGAGAUAUUUAUUUAUCGCAAAAUUUUAUUUGCGGAUAAUUAAAGCUAUUUUUUUAUUUUCGGAAAUGUUGUUCAGUUUUCCGCCUUCCUAACAAACCUUCUUUCCGGCCCUUUCGAAAUCAAAGAAUUUUCUCCUGUACCCAGUUUGUACUUUCCCACAUUUGGCUGAGUCUAGAAGAAACGAGAAACUUCGUUAACGGGGGGUAGGAAGUUAAACGGGCCGACUUGGAGCAGGAGAGGCACCACAGGACAUAUUAUUUUCUACUGUCUAUACUUUUACAAAUAAAUUGAUAAAACUUUGUCAGCAU